AUGGCAGAAGUCGUCAUCUUCGGAGGAUCGCCGCUGGAUCAGUACCUCCAGCAGGCCGAGGCACCAGAACUCGACGAGGCGUCCACUCCCCCAAUACCUUCAUCGGCAUCGGAAGACUACCAAGAGGCGAGCUCGGGUUCCGCCUCUGCCAAGUCACAAGCACACCCACUGGCGGCAAGAUCCGAUCGUGUCCCCAACGGCAACACUCAGCGCGAUGAUCAUUCCAAGUCAAUAUCUCCGUCCGACGUCGCAGAGCUGAGGAAUGGCGGCGGCCGACCGACCACACAAUCACAAUCCAGCACAGCGCCAUCCCAAGACUCGCUGAUGCAGAUCACCACCGCACUCCGCGAUCUCAUCCACACGGUCCUGCUCCCAUUGGUGUUGCUCGCAACAAGGAAGGUCGUGAGCUUGACGACUUCGCAGCACACACUCUCCAACUUUCAGUCCAACCCAAAACAGCCGGCAGCAUCCAUCCCAGCCAUCAGCGAACGCAAAAGCACCAGCAGCGCCCACGACGACGGCGGCGCGAGCUUUGCCGAAAAGUUCAAAUACGCCAUCUGCUCGUCGUUCCUGCUCACUCCGAGCUUGUCCAUAUCGUUCUACGACUCGGCCUCACCUCUCCAAACGCGCACCUCGACGCCCGACGCCGGCGCUCAAGAUGCCGUCUUGCACGAGCGCGUCCGAGGCGGUCGCGCCAGUGCCUCGCCCAUCCGCAAAGCAUGCUUCGUCGAGCCAGACAACGCCUCUGCAUCGCUCGCCUGGCCACCAGCAACGUCCACAACCACACCCGAGACGAGACUCCCCCGCCUCGAUGCGCAAGGUCGCGCAGCCCGUAACGCCGCUUGCAUCUCGGCCUUGAUGCUGCUCCCGCCCAUUAGCGGCUCGUGGACCUUGUGGCUCUCCACCGUCCUGACCAUCACCUGCCUCACUUGGAGCUUUGUGCUCUUCCUUGGCCACAGCAUCAUGGAUGAUACGCUGCACUUCACCCUUUCCCACAGCGCGAGCCCGCUUGCAGUGGCGUCUACCUCCUCGCUCCGUAGUCUCAAUACCUCGACCGCUUUCCGUGCCUCGGAGAAGGUGGCGCUGCAACGCUCCGUCCUCGCCGACGUCAAAAGGCUGAUUCGCGCGGCACAGCACUUCGACCUUUCCAUCAACAAGGCCAUCAGCGCCAUCCAGGAGGUCGAAAUCGUCUCGCGCGGAUACAAGCUUACCCAUCCGCUGCCACCCAUCUCGAGAAUCGAAGCCGCCGCUGGUUCGGCAGUCGCAUGGUCGGAUCUCGCUUCUCCAUCCCGGCAGCGCCGCGUCUUGGCGGCACCCACCCUGCCUGCCACCGGCAAGCUGUCCAGAACCCUCUCGGGAGGGCGAUCGAGCGCUCCUACCAUCAAGCGACACACGCAGCGACCUCUGUCGCUCACUCUGUCCAGCGGUCGUGCUUCGCCCUUCGAUCGCUCUUCCGGUCGCGCAUCGCCGGCCGUCUUGGGCGAACUCGCCGAUCCCGACAUGACGCAGAAGCUGCUCGCAGAGCAGAGCACCGUCGCUUCGGUGGCGGCUGAUCUUCCACCUCCGCAGAGGCUUGUCGAGCUGCGCAAGAACAUCGUUGCCGCCUUGGACGAGACCGCCGCCGCUUGCGCGUCGUCACUCUUGCCCUUGCAGGAGCUUGCCGAUCCCGAAGAGGUGGCUAGCCUCCACGAGCUGUAUGCCCUCGACGCCGCUCCGCUCGAUGACUCGAACGAAGCCGACGUGUCGCAGGCUUGGUCCGUGGCCGACACGUCGGCCCUCUCCGACGGCUUUGCUAAUCUCGAUGCCGAUCGCAAGACUUGGGUCGCAACCACACCCCGCAACUUUGGCAGCAACAUCCGCUCGGCGGAUGCCAACAACGCUUCCGACGCAUCCUGGCGCUCCGACUUCAGCCCCCAGGUCGGGCCGUCGAGCCACAAGAGGCUCUCUCUCGUGUCGGACGCCGGAUCGGUUCUCGACCGCCCGCCCCGCACCAUCUCUUCCCUCUCUCGCCGCAGCAGUCUCGUCUCGGACUCGGGCGCAGCCAACGCGUACCGCUCUCCCCGUCUCAACUAUGUUUCGGACAAGUCGUCGGCGCCUUCGGGACCCAACGAGUCGGCGGCGGCAAAACGCCUCAGCUACAUCUCCAACUCGUCCGCCGCGACCGGAUCCAUCUCGCCCAUGCUGCGCAACUCGUCCAUGGUCUCGUCGGUCUUUACGCCGCCACAUUCGUCGCUGCAGACCUAUUCGGCUGCCACGAGCCCGCAAUCGAGAGCCACCAAGCGCAGCUCUAUCCUCGGGCCCAACUCGAUCUUUGCGCACGUGGAUCCAGCCGCUGCAGGUGUAUCGCGCGCGGAGCCUCUCGAUCCCUUGUCACUGCUCAGCAUCAAGGCAAAGUUCGAGCACAUGCACAGGGCGCGUCGACGCUGGCUCUGCCACUUGCUCGCACUGCCUCUGAGGACGGCAGACGACGUGGUGCUGCCCAAUGGCGCCAGUCUGCCGCUGGACGAGUACUGGACGGCUGCUAGGGCGGUCAUUUCUGGCCCGUCGGCUCUGCUGUCUGCCAAGGAACAAGACGUCAAGGACGCCGUGGCGAAAGAAAUGGGAGGCGAGCUGUUCGGCGAGAAACGCCGUGGCUCCGCUCCUCCUGCAAGCACGGACAGGCCCGAGUCUCGAAACGGCGGUUUGACGGUGCCCGGAGCAGAAACAGGCGUGCCUUCAAUCGUCGGACAUCCGGGGCUCGAGGAUCGGCUGCACGCAAUGAUGCUUUCGCUGCGCUCUCUGCAGGCCAAGAUCCGCGUGUGCGCCGAAGACAUCAGCGUCAGUGUGCCGCCUGGUCUGCACGGCGUGGGCGAUGGGCCUUCCCGAUCGCCAGAGCAUGCAACGCAGACCGACGAUCGCACGCGCAUCGUCCAGCUCGAGCGGACGAUGGAGUCGAUGCGCGACGAUCUGCUCGGCCUGUCCGCCGAGUGGGAGGCGAGCAUCAAGCUCCUGCACAAGGAGAAGCGGCGAUCGCCGAGUCCGCAUCUGGGCAGCGAAGUCGAAUCCGAACUGGCGAGCUUCCGGGGCGCGCGCGAUCUGCAGUCGCCGCUCGAGGCGGAUGAGGAUGCAGCCACCACGCCGGGCCAGGCGGAGACGAGCAGGCAGGAUGAGGGCGAGUCGGCGCUGCUGCACCAGCAAGACGGCAGCGACGAUGAGGAUGAUGGCGAUCUCGCCGAGCUUCUGCUGCGCUCGACGUCGCCCAAUUCGCUGCCGCCGCCCGGGCUGGAGCAGGUGUUUGAGAGUAUCGCGGGCAUGGCUGGGCUCUCUGGUCUCGGUGGGGCGGAUGGCAAGGCGAGCCGGGCAGAGCGCAUCGAGCUUGCGCGGCGGCAACGAGAGGAGAAGCAGGCGGCGGACAAGGCGGCUCACCGACACACGCUGGACCCGUCGAGCAUGAUGUCCGAGCUGAGCGAUGUGAUCCAUACGCGCCGGGCGAUGCGUGACCAACGCCACCACUCGGUGCUAUCGCCCAUCGCUCCAGGCGACACCUUCAGCCAGGCAGGCAUCGCCACCAACGAGGCUGCCGCACACGAGGGGGUCAACGGGCUGCAGGCGCUGGCUUUGGGCUCGCCGCUCGACCUGGGCAGCGCGGGCAAGGAAGGCGUGUUUGAGGCGUCGCACAGCUAUGCGGAGGGUGCGAUGCCGCGGCGGUCGCUGUCGUCGCUAGACCUGGCGCGCGCGCGUGCUUUGCAGACGCUCGAAGCGCGCAGUCCGUCGGUGCAGAGCGCGGCGUCCAACUCGUUUGAGAUGGACGACGACGAGCCGCGCGGCUCGGGCGAGUUCUCGUUUGAGCCCACGGCACUCGAGUCGGUGCCCGAGGACGAGGCCGGCGCCGCACUGGCACUCGCGUCUCCCUCGGCGGGCUGGGACUCGACGUCGCGCAAGUCGACGCCCAAGGCCUCGGCUGGUCUCACUGCACCGGGCCAGGAGAGCCCCUUUGAUCUCGGCGCACAGGUCGCGGCAUACGCGCGCAGAAAGGCGGCGGCCAAGGCAGCGGCCAUGCACACGUCCGACUCGCAAUCGAGCUUUUCAUCGCAGUCCUAA